AUGGAAAAUUUUAUAACGCAAACAGUGAAAUUCCUGUCCAGCACAGUGAUAGUUCAUAUUUACUCGUUUCCUCAUUUCGCAAUUGAAACACUCCUGGCUUUCAUCGUUUGCACGAUCCAUAUUUUGCUCAUCAAUGAGGUGAACUAUGUCUAUCGAAGAACUAAUGCUAAAGCUGCUGCAAAGUUGAGACUCAGACAGUACUCCAUAAAGGAGUUGGAACCAUGUUCGUAUCACUCGAUUGCUAAAGUCGAAACCUUGGUCUUCCCAGACAUGUUUGAGAGCAUUGCUCAUCGUCAACACUCAUACAUGAUACCUCCGUCACCUUACAAACGUCUAGGCAGAAGAACAAGCAACACGUCUCAUUUUGGAUGGGUGAUAUCUCGAAAUAUCUCUUCGGUAUAUGGUGGCACUUAUUCUGACAGGAUAGAACAACUGCUCGCCGUCUCGCCGAGCGAAUAUGUUAGGAAAGAUAAAGAAAGAAAAUACAGGGAAGCAGGUUUGAAAAACUGCAUUCACUCGCUGACUUGCCUUUUAGAGAAAGCACUGGAUGCAGGAGAGAAUGGAUUCACUUUGGACCAGCUGUCGAAAGAAGCUCUUAAAAGCAGCAUAAAGACUAUCAAAAGCGAUUUCGAGAAAAACCUAUCCGGGCUUAGAGACCCAAUAUCAAAAGUAGCUUCAUGCAGGAGCAUCUACAGCCUGAUAUCUCAGACUAUGACGAAAAGCACACUUUUGAAUGCUUUAUCUCCUGAACUGAAUCCAGAUAACACCGCAGAAGAAAGAAGAACCGAAGAGGGUUUUAAAUCUGACGAAUCUCAGGAUGGAAAGAAAAGUCUAGUGGGAUCCCUAAGCGAACUUUUCGAAGACCGUAUACCACAAAAAGAUAAUUUGAUGGAGGCGAAAGCUCCUAUUGCAAUAUGUAAUGCCUGA